AUGACUGUGGCCUUAACUUGGCCGCGGUGGCCCGCUAGUGGGGUUGUCCCAACCACCGCUACCGUCCCUGCACGUGAGUUGGCGGGUCGCUUGCGUUCGGAUUGGUUCACUGUUGGGCGAGUCGGCUCAGAAUCACUGGAGUCGCUUACGUGUUCCGAUAGUCUACUGGCGGGUAAUGACGUUCAAAUGGGUGAGUUGCUGGCUGACCUUGGUGUCUUAUCUCACUGGCCUGGGGAUCCAACGCAGGUCUGCGGUCGAGGGUUCUGUGAAAUUGGUGCUUUUAACAGUCGGGCUGUUGAGCGUAUGGGUUAUUGUGUGCUGCUCAUCACGAUUUUUAGGCAGAUCGGCGAUUUUGAAAUGUCCCUAGCAGUGCAACUGUGGCAGCAGAGCUUGGGGUACCGACGGAAGGUCUCGUUGGGCAGCAGACUGCGGUCUGAUGUCGUGCUUCAGUUGGGUGAAACAAUUGGGAGUUGCCUUUCAAUUAGUCCUAAAUGUCCUGGUGAGCUGCAGUCCUCUGGCUCCUCGUGUCCUUUUGUCGGUGUUACAGAGAUGCCUUACGUCCCCACAUCUUCGGACACUGUCUCACUCCAGCAUUGGUGCCACAGCGAAACUCAUUACGGUCUAUUCGACAGUGGCCUGAUGCGCAGAGAUGUCCGACAGAGACCAAAGUUAUGUAUCUUCUUCCAGUAG